CAACAAUAAUUGAUAACAAAUAAAUAAAUUAUUCAAAUUAUUAGCAUUUGUAAUAAAUAUAAUUAAAGAAAAGAAAAUAAAAUAAUUAAAUGUUGACUGGUAAAGUUUUCAAACCGUAGCCGAAUGCGAAUCCAAAUUACAUGCAAAAUAAAUGGGUACAAUGAGGCCAAAUAAAUACGAUGUUACUACAGCUUAUGGUCUAUGCCAAGAUUAUUUACCUCCUGAUGGUGGUGAUUUCUGGUGCAUUAUGUACAGUAGAAGAUUAUGUAAUAAUGUCACAGUGUGCACACAACAAAGCCAUAAACUUAGCUGCAGAAGGAACAGUCUCAGUGACCGAUAUCUCACAAACACAAAAUAUAACAAUAGUUGGCCGCCCGGAUUUUGUGAACAACAAUUUCAAAAUAGCACUGUAUGCAAAAGAGACACAAAGAUAUCUGUGUUUCAACGAUCAUUGGAAACUAGUUGGAAUGAAAGAACUCCAAGAUACCUGCUAUUUCAACGAAGCAAUUGUUCACGGUUAUUUCGUGUUCCGGUCUGUAGUCGAUAUGCAGCGACGCAUCGGUUUCACGCAAAGAGGUAGAGCCGUUGGUCCCAAGAAAACUGUUAACGAUGCUUGUUAUAUGUUCACCAAAAUACCAACCGAUCAAUUUUUCCAUCAACACAACACUCACUUUUCAGCAGCACCCAAAACGAAAAGCACUACAACUAAAAUACCAAAAACCGAAUACACACACACACACACGCCCUACACCACCCAGGCGGGGAGAGGCAGUGGAGGCGGGCGGACAAAGACGAAUCGCUUUAAGAAUCCUCAACGUCAAGAGGACGCUGUUACGCAUAAUCACAGCGGUCAUGGCCACGGCAGCGGUAGUGGCAGCGGUGGCGGCAGUGGUAGCGGUAACGGCAGCAAAAAGUUCAAGAAACAGCGUAACGGCAACAAACAACAGCGGCAACAGAAACAGAAGCAGGAGAUGCAGCAACAAAUUCGAGGCCAUAGCUACAAUUUAAGCAACCCAAAAAAUAGCACUUACCUAAAUAGUUCUAGGCAAAAUUUACUCUUAAGUCAGCAUAGUAUAAACAACCACACAAACAAAAAACAUAAUAAUAAUAACAACAACAACAACCACCCGCCUCAAAACCAUCAGGUCCGACAUCAUCACAAUGAUCCCAACAAGGUGGCCAGAAGGCAACAGCAUGACCAAAAACAGAAAACAAAAUUGCGUCAACGUGUUCGACCUAGUCCUAGUUCUGCUUCCGCUGCGCUAACGCCAGCGGUGGCGGCAACAACAACAACAACUACAGCAACAACUUCACUAACCACAGCAAAAUUAAUAAAUUCCUCAAAACCUCCUCAUCACACACUGAGCAGCAGUUACUCGGACAUACAUCCAACCAGUGUGAUUCCAACGAUAUCGACAGAUGCCACAGCUGACAUCCAGAAUACGAUGUCAUCGACCUUAGUGGUGGCCAAACGCAAAGGACGAAGAAGAAAGGGCGAUAAGCUGCACAAGAAGGGCUUACAAAAGAAACUAGAGCAGGAGCGCCAACAUUCAAGAGAACAAACAGAAAAGGAUUCAGGAUACAGUUCAUCGGUGGGCCCUGCCUACGACGAGGAGGAGGAGGAGUUUAUAACAAGCUCAACUGACUAUGCCUGGAUGACCAAUGACAUUACAAUGUCAGCGGUAAAGCCAACAUCGGCCAGCUUACCUUCCUGGGAUACCUGGUAUCCAUCAUCAUCAACUGCAUACACAGAAGAUGUAGAUGCCGACUACUCCUUGGGUGCCUCAGCCACAGCCUCAUCAGCAACCGAAACGAAUGCAGACACACGGUUCUCAACAACCCUGGAAUCAUCAUCCUCAAUGACUGAUUUAGAUAAAAACACUUUAUCUUCGCAGACAUCCGUACCGCUUCCAACAUCAGUGUUUACAACUACUUUAACGGAAAAUAGCAUCGAUGAAACUAUAUCACCAACAGUAACUACAACAGACUUAGGAACGACAACAACAAAUACCUCAACCUACACUCAAACUGAUUUUUGGUCUACCAGCCUAAACGACAAUACGGAUGCGGAUAUCUUAGCCACUGGCUUUACCAGCGACACGUUCAACACCUAUGCGACUCCCCAACUAGAGAAUACUCAGAAUAUCCUUAACACGGAUGAAGCCACGAAUGCAUUAAGCACACAGCCUAGUAAAGACGACUCGGAGAAUUCAACGGCUGCCAUAACUCUCUCAACAAACGAAGAUGACAACGAUGAGGAGCAUGAGGUUAGUUCGCCGCCCACAGAGCGAACUAGCGACGAAGUAAGUGAGGAUACCACAUGGUUGGAUGGCUCUACAUUCGAAAUGACUUCAAGCGGCAAUUAUGAGAAAGCUAACGAGGCGGCCACAACCACUACAACAACAUAUACAAACGAUUGUGCCUACAGCACUGCUUCCACACACAACGGAAGUGAAACGAUGACUGAUUGCAUGUUUGCAACGAAAACAACUGCACCCAUUGCCAACAACCACAAACCAGGUGAAACCACCCCAUUACAAUAUACGACACAGACACAAAGUAAUAAUAAUAAUAAUGAUAAUGUUCCCAAAAUGGAAGCGGCUAACAAAGUGACAACGAGCACUGCUUUAAACUCAAUAAUAAUACCCAUAAGAAGUGAUAAAACCACAAGUUUGCCUGAAACUACAUCAACAACAACAACACAGUCUCAUACCCAAUCACAAACAUCAACGCAAUUUUCAAAGACUCCAGAACCAGCAGCAGCAGCACCAGCGACACCCUUACAGCUGGAAGAGAAGAGCAUUCACACAACGUUUACAACAGCAACUGCUUCUAGCUCGACUGUACAUGCCACCAAAUCGCCAGUACCUUUAGCUUUAACCACGAGGAAAAGCUUGCGCAAAUCAACCCAAAAACUCCUAGCCACCCCAUUCCAUCAACUGACCUAUGUGCGCAACGAAGCCGGUGACAUUGAUAUCGAUAGCAUCGAUAACAUUAGCAUAUAUCCCGAAUUGCUGGAUAACGAUAACGACGAACCGCUGGUGAAACCCAGCACCAGUCGUUUAACCAUGAUCAGCGGCUACUUGCCCACCUCGGCAACGGCCACGUUACCCGAAUCGAUACGCAUUGCUAAAAUAAAAAUUAAUCGCGAACGUAAACGCAUGCUACGUCUGCGCAAUGUGGGUAACUAUGCGUAGCUGUCAAUUGUUCAGCUAAUCGAUUCCCAUUUCAUACAAUUCUAAGUCGAGGACACAAAUAUUCGGAAUUUCAUUGUACGACAGACAACAAGCUUGAGCAUGAAACUAACCUAACUAGGUUGGGUUAAUUGGUUUAAUUGUGAAGAACUGGAAUAUAGAAAUCUCAUACUUGUUAUUUGCAGUAGAGUUUUUCGUACAAUUAUAAGUUUUUUUUUAGCAGGACUUUUAUUCAUUUAUGAGUUGAACACUUUGAUAAGAAUUUGGGAUAUUCAGCUGAAGGAAUAUUUCAAAACAUGACAAUAACAGCAUACACACAGACACACACACUCACAGACACAUAAACAAAAACACUUACACACAGAUACAUACAUGGGCAUAAUUAUAAUGCGUAACUUUGCAACGAUCUAUAAAAGUUCAUUUUUUUUAUUGUUCAAAUGAUGAAACAAUUAAUUAAUAACAAAAAAAAAAAGGAAAAAUAAUUAUCUAAUAAGUACUAUGGGAAUUUUUUUUAUAUAUAACCAAAAUAAUGAAAAACAAUUCGCACACCAAACACCACUUCCAGUUGUUACAUUUUUUAUGAGAAUUUAGUGAAAAACAAAGAAAGAAAAAACAAAAACAAAUAAUAAAAUAAACAAUUAAUUCGUUUAAUCAAAUAUACAACAAUUAAAUCGAGAGGAAAGCAAACAAAAUCAAAUAAAAUACAAAAAAAAAAACAAAAAAAAAAAAGUUUAUUCAAAGUUAUAAAAUACAAAUAAUUUAUUAAAUAAAUUCCUAUUAAUCAGAAUAGAAUACAACAAUUAUUCUUAAGUAAAACAACAACAACAA